AUGGCAUGGGAUGUGCUAUGGUUUCAACGCAUAAUGAAUGACUCUUGCCCACAUUUGAUGAGUGUUCAAAACAAUGAAGGAAUGACAGCAAAAGAAGUAUUUGAAAAGGAACACGAAGGUCUAAGAAGUGCUGCUGAGAAAGCAGCCAAAGAUAUGAAUCAAGGCCUAAUGGUUGUUGCCACCCUCAUUGGCACAGUCAGUUUCGCCGCACUUUUUACUAUUCCUGGAGGUUUUGAUCAAACUAAAGGUAGUCCGAUCCUUUUUGAUGAAUCAAAUAAUAAGAAGCAGGAAAUGAGGUUGUUCUUGGGAUACAUAGGGGCAACUCUCUUUGCUUCGCUUUUGGCCUUAGGAACUCUCCUUUCAAUUCAACUGUCACGGUUUAACAUGGAGGAUUUCAGAGUAUCUUUGCCAUUAAAAUUUAUUCUUGCCAUUACUGGGAUGUUCUACUCAACAACCUUCACUCUCACGGCAUGUUUACAAGCCUACAUUCUGGAGGAUGCAAUGACAGAGAAAUGUGUUUUCGCCCUGCUUGCUGGCUCAGUAUUGAUGUGCCUCGUGUUCAUAGACGUGACAUUUCUUCCCUGCAAUUACAUGUACAAUGUGUUUCGCUAUUCAUUGACUUAUAAAAGCCCGAAAAUGUAGGAUCUAGCAUUGGUAUUGGUUGGAGUCGAGGAUUGUGUGGGACUAUAUAUGAUGAAGUGUGAUUAAAUUAUAUGUGUGAAAUAUGCAUUUAAG